CAUGAUGCUAAGGUGUGGAUCACCUCUAUUGCUGGCCCUGAGGAUGCUAUCUUCAUCCUCACCAUCAUCAUCUUCUCUAUUUUUCUCAAACCCUAAACUUUACCACCUUCCUUCCUCUCCUCAACCCUUGUUUGUUCUACCCUUCAACUCUCCUCUCUCUGGUUUUUGCGCUUCCUCUCACCCUCAGAGGAUGACACUGUCCAUGUGCUUCUCUGCCACCACGGCUGCUGAUCCCAUUCCCACUUCAGAUCCGCACCCACCCCAUUCACCCGACUCUCAAUCACUCGUGGUCGUUUCCUUCUACAAGUUUGCUGAUUUCCCAGACCAUGCUGAUUUGCGCAAGCCCUUGAAGCAACUCUGCCAGGACCUGUAUGUUUCAGGUGGUAUCAUUCUAGCCCCUGAAGGGAUUAAUGGCAGCAUUUGUGGUACACGAGAAUCAGUGGAAAGAGUCCUUAUGUUCAUCCAAACCGAUGACCGUCUAAAGGGGUUGAGGCAGAUAGAGUCCCCGGUUAGUCCCGAGCAGGAAGCUAUCCAUCAUGGACAUUCUAGUAGCUCUCCUCUUGCAGCAGGUGAGGACGCACCCUUUCGAUGGGACCAUGUGCGAGUAAAGUUGAAGAAAGAGGUACUUUGUUUUGAAGCGUCACACCUUUUUGUUACGAUUUGUGAUGUAUCACCGAUUGAAAAGGUUGGAAAGUACGUUAGCCCAGGGGAUUGGAAUGCUUUAAUCAGUGAUCCAGAUACUGUGGUAAUUGACGUUCGCAAUAACUAUGAAACUAGAAUUGGGAUGUUCAAAGGAGCAGUUGAUCCAUGCACGACAGCAUUCCGUGAUUUCCCAUCUUGGGUGGAGGAACAGUUCCAACCUGAUGCUGCAAACGUAGAGCAUGCAGAAAUGGAGAAGGAAGGAUCAAAUGAAAGCAUCAAUGAAGAUGCAGAGAUUUCAAAACCAAAAAUGCCAAAGAGGGUUGCAAUGUACUGCACAGGAGGUAUUCGAUGUGAGAAAGCGACAAGUUUUAUGCUCAGCAAAGGUUUCGAGGAGGUCUAUCAUCUGAAAGGUGGGAUUUUGAAGUACCUAGAGGAAAUCCCAAAAACGGAGAGCCUGUGGGAGGGCGAGUGCUUCGUGUUCGACAAGCGAGUUGCUGUCGAGCAUGGUCUUAUACAAGGAAAUUUCAAGCUUUGCUAUGGGUGUAAGCAGCCUGUUAGUGAUGCAGACAUGGAAGCACCAGAGUGGGAGUAUGGGGUUUCAUGUCCCUACUGUUACUCAACGAAGUCUGAAGAAGAGAAAGAAAGGGCAAGGGCACGACAGAGACAGUUCGAGGCCUGGGGAAUUAUCGGCGGUCCUGAUAAGGGUCGGAGACCAGCAGCCAAGGCAGAUAGUAUAAAGAGUGACCAAAUCCAAACCAAUGAUUCAGCUUCAGCUUAGACUUAGCUGGUCGGAAAGAAUUAACUAUAAGAGGAUGAACUACUUCCUUGAUUUAUUCGUUAGUUUGUGGUUGAUUGGAAGAUUAUGUCCGCCAUUUUUGUAUGAAAUGAAUGCACAUAGGUUUUGGAGGGGUUGUAAGGUUGAAUUCAUCUUCAGUUUAGUUUUUA